UGGCUCGUCCGAAUCGAAGGGUAGAAGAAAGCGGCGGAGAUCGGCAAAGGAGCAGGAGAAGAUGGUGCGGGUGGCGACGUUCUUCGCGAUGAGCUUCGGCGCCUUCCUCUUCUGGCAGUCCAUGGAGAAGAUCCACGUCUGGAUGGCUCUCCACCAAGACGAAAAGUUGGAGAGAUUAGAGAGGGAAAUGGAGAUUAAGCGACUCAGAGAAGAGCUAUUGGCGCAAGCCAGACAGACGGAUUAACUUGUGUAAUCUUUGUUACUGCCUGAAAUGCUUGAUUCGUAGGUGAAUUUCGGAUUGCUAAAGCUGAGGUUUCUCAGAAAAACGAUAUCCUCUUUCCAUUUUACGCUAUUAAUAAAUAAGCUAGGAGUUGAUAUUUCAAACUUCCCCUCUUUAUCAUGUAUUCCAAAGUUUGCUUGAUGUUAUAAUAAUCUGAAUCCCAUGAAAGUGCUCUUAUUGAA